AUGAAAGGUACUCGCGAGAACCAACUGCUCUAUGCUCUACAUCUCGAAGUGCCCUUUGAGUCCGCCAAACAGGCGCAAAUCGCGACAAAGGUCUUGAGUCCAGACCCCAUUUUGAAGCCGCAGGAUUUCCAUGUUCGAUACUCCAGUAAGGACUCCCUUUUGUGUCUCGAUUUUGAAGGCCUCGACGAUCGAGUACUCAGAGUUGGCGUAAGCAGCGUUAUCGAAAGUGUCAAAACCAUUCUGGAGACAAUCGACGAGUUCGAGUAG